UCUAGGGUUUUUAAUCUACGGGCGCUAUAUAAUGCUCUCCCCUCCCACCCGCCGCCGGCUCUGCAUCUCCUUCUUCCAGUGCGAUUCCAGCCGCCGCCGCCGCCGCCGUCGCGAGAAGACGAACUCGGCGACUCCCAGGUCCCAAGAGGAAGAUGCCGAAGCAGAUCCAUGAGAUCAAGGACUUCCUUCUCACCGCCAGGAGGAAGGAUGCCCGUUCUGUGAAGAUCAAGAGGAGCAAGGAUGUUGUCAAGUUCAAGGUGCGCUGCUCCAAGUACUUGUACACCCUCUGUGUCUUCGAUGCAGAGAAGGCAAACAAGUUGAAGCAGUCUCUCCCGCCAGGUUUGAGCGUCCAAGAGGUCUGAAGAGACAAGACAACAUCUUGAUGAACUACGAAAGCAUCCUUGUCAUUUGUAGAGCAUGCUCUUCUAUGUACCUCUGGACCCUAAGCAAUUAGACUUGUCAGCCAUCGAUUUGUUGAUCACAAAUUUUGGGAGAAAUACCUUUUUGCCUA